CCUUACGGGCCCCCGCACGGCCCCGGGCCAGGGCGGGCCGGAGGGGCUCCUCGGCCGCCCAAGGGACGCGGCCACCCGCCGGAACCAGAACCAGAAAAAUGAGAAAAGGUGGUCCACUGGCCCCAGCCAUCAUGAAUGAGAGUCAUACCACGAAGAGAAGAUUCUCACUAGCUUCUUGCGAUGAAGAAAGAAAAGAAAAUAUGCCUAAAAGAGGUCUUUCCCUUGAAUCGACACAUUUUCCCCGACUGGACAGGUACAAGCAGGCAAAGCACUUAUCGGAAAAGGCCAUCAAGGAAAAGAAAAUCUUUACCAUCUUCGGGCAUUACCCAGUAAUCCGGGCUUGUCUCCAAAGAAGAGGCUGGGUGGAGAAGAAAUUUCAUCCCCUGUGCAAAGGAGUGCAGGAUGGAAGCCACAGUGUUAACGGAAGAGUGAAAGACGAGAACCGCCCUGACCGCAGAGAAGAGAGAGAGAGUUUUAACGACGAGUCGCACGGCAUCCACGAUGUGAUGGGUUUUCCGGUUGCGGGGGUGUCCCAGUCUAGGUUGGUGAAGGAUGAAACCCCGCACCUUCUCUGGACGAUCAGACGGGAUGUAAUAGACGCCCACGGCUUACAUGGCGACCAGAUGCUGAAUCACUACGGGAAGACGACCUCCUUCACCACCAAGAUUGGGCUGUGCCUGAAUCUGAGGGAUCUGCCGUGGUACGUGCAGGCGAACCCAAACUCCUUCUUCCCUCGCUGCUACAACCUCUGCACCGAAGACGAGAAGCAGGAUUUUCUGGGCGGACCCCUGGCCCUCUCAGCCCUGCACCGCCCACCCCAGGGACCGAUCGCUACAAUUUCAGAUGAUUUCCGGCGGACAGUGGCAUCCAGUAUACUCAAAUGGGUGGUCAGCUACCACACAUGUGGCAAAAGCAAGCCGAAGUCCAGGAAAGAAGGUAGCGGCCAUGAAGAGCCAUGCAGGAAGACAGACCCCGCUCCCUGGGAGGAAAAGAAACGGAAAUGCCUCCCCGGGAGACUGAUAGAUGCCGCCUGCCAGGUGUGCGAGACCUACCUGGGACGCCUGGAGCACCGGGACAUCGAUGGCGCCGCGGACGGGCCGGACGGGCCGGACGGGCACACGUCCCUCAGCGAGCCCCAGUGGGCCGAACUGAUCCAGCAGUAUUACUGCCUCAUUCAUGAUGAUGCUUUUAUUUGUAAUUCAAGGGAUUACAUUCCACAGUGCCAGACUAUACUGAAUAAAAUCACGUCAGUCAACCCACAGUUGGAAAUAGACGGCAUGCAAAGUAUCUGGAUUAUAAAGCCCGGGGCGAAAUCACGGGGCAGAGACAUCGUCUGCAUGGACCGGGUGGAAGACAUCUUGGGGCUGGUGAGCUCCACGGAGCAGGCCUCCGCCAAGGACAAGUGGGUGGUCCAGAAAUACAUCGAGACCCCGCUGCUCAUCUACGACACCAAAUUUGACAUCCGCCAGUGGUUCCUCGUCACCGACUGGAAUCCCUUGACCGUUUGGUUCUACAAAGAGAGCUACCUCAGGUUUUCCACCCAGCGCUUUUCCCUGGACAGUUUGGACAGCUCCAUCCACCUCUGCAACAACUCGGUCCAGAAGCACCUGGUCAACGCGGCGGACCGGAGUCCCCAGCUGCCCGCCUACAACAUGUGGACGAGCACUCGUUUCCGGGAGUACCUGCAGCGGAAGGGCCGGGGCGGCGUCUGGCAGGCCGUCAUCUACCCGGCCAUGAAGAGGGCCGUGGGCCACGCCCUGAAGGUGGCCCAGGACCACGUGGAGCCGCGGAGGAACAGCUUCGAGCUGUAUGGCGCCGACUUCAUCCUGGGCAAGGACUUCCGGCCUUGGCUGAUCGAGAUCAACUCCAGCCCCACCAUGCUCCCGUCCACCCCGGUCACCGCCCAGCUGUGCGCCCAGGUGCAGGAGGACACCGUCAGGGUGGUGAUUGAUCGGAAGCUGGACCGGAACUGUGACAUCGGGAACUUCGAGCUGCUGUGGAAACAGCCGAUGGUCGCGCUCCCCCGCUUUAGCGGGUCAAGCCUUUGCGUGGAAGGGGUCAGCCUCCAGAAGUCCAGAAAGCCCCAGGCGUCCAUCUGCACGGUCAACCUGCUGGGGCAGCUGGCCAGCACCCAGGCCCCGCGGGGUCCGGUCCCGGCGGGCGGCCGAACCCACGUGCCCGAGCCGGUCCGGCCUAGGGCCGCCUGCCACCCUGGGAAGUGGAAGGGGGAGAAGGUGGUCUCCUGCAGCCUGCCCGAGCCCGGUCGGGGCCCCCCGGAUGGAAGCUGCAGAGCCUCCAAGGUGGAAUUCCCGGCUGUUCCCUUCCGGGCCGAAGAGAACAUCUCCCGGAGCCCCCAGAGGCUCCUGGCGGCCCGGCCCCAGAACCUCCCCAACACCGGUGCCCCCGUCAGCCCCGCGGCCCUGGUGCUCCGGAACCUGAAGAUCCGAGACAGAUCCUGGUUCCGGCCAGCCAAGGGAUCAGGUUUUCCACGCAGUUUGAAGAACCCUUGCCUCGUGUGCAGACGUACCUUCCAGCUGGAAAAGUCAUGCAAACACUGCAGCUCUUUCCACGCCACCGUCUUUCAAGAAGGUGCUUUCAUCCCCCUAACCGCCCAGGGCUCCCUGGUGAAGAAGGCCGCAAACAGCGGCUGGGGCGCCCAGAAGACCGCCCGGCCCUAGGAGACCCCAGACCCAUUUCGUUUCUACAAAGAGACCCCUCCUUGCCCCCCACUGAUGCUGCUUUGGACAAGGGACGUGAGUCCCAUGAUGACAUUUGCUUCUCCAAUUGUUUCCGGCCUCCCGGUGAAUCCCAAGCUGGUGAAACCGGGAGCCCCAGGGCACGGGGAGCUUUUCUCCAUGACCCCCACCCCCCCCCCACCCCCCGCCGAAAUGGGUUGGCAAGAGUGAGAUAGCCAAGGAGGAAUUUUGGGAAUUUUCUUCCCUGAAGACUUCCAGCACGUCAACCCCUAAAGAUGUCCUGCUCUCUCGCAGUCCGCGCCUCAAGCCUCUCCGGCUCCCCGUGGCCAGGCCCGAAGUCCCGGGGUCGAAGGUGACCUUGGGGAUCUAAAAGGUUCCACGUCCCAGUUUAGGGUUCCCCCCACCUCUCUCUGCACCCUCUCUGUCCUCCGGUAGAAUCAGAAACCGAGCCAGACUCUCCAACGUGUCGGUAGAACGGGAUUUGGCAAGACACGGGCAGCGAAAGAAGUUUUGGAAAGCCCGGAGUUAACUUUCCCUCUGAACCCCAGGACACAGGGCCUCAUAGCCAGAUUUCAGCCCUAGGGGAAUGGGGGCUGGGUUAGGCCUGAGCAAGAUGGGGAGAAGGCUGGGAGCUGCUGGGGGCGAAUCCUAUGAAAUCCAGAGCGCUAAGUGACAUUGGGAUUCCGGAGAGGAUUGCCAACAAACACUUUUUCCCACCCCAACUUUUCCUUGGAAUUGGAGCCCCCAGCUCUGCCCCUGGAUUACAGAGGGGCCAGACAACUCGCCAAGCUGGCCUACAUCUUUCCAAAACCCCAUGUCUGUCCCAACGGGGCCCGGAUCCUCGGACUCAGAGAUCUCCUGGAUCCUCGGCCUGGCUCUGCUGGGUGGAGGCUUUCUCCCGGAAACUGUAGCCACAGUGGGGAUUUCAACGGCCCUGGAGGAAGUGGAAACCAGAGCCAAGAGGCCCCCGGACGGGCAAGCUUCCUGGCGAGGAUGGGGCCACGCUCGAUCGUUACUGAUGAACCCCGGACAUCGUGGUCUGGAGACCAAUUUCCCGCCGUUCUCCCUUCCCAAAUAAAACCGACCCAUUCGAAUCCCUGUGAUUGCUGCUGAAUGAGGGGAAUAAAUUGAUUGAUUGUCUUGGUUGGCCUUCCGAUGCAGUGGUUUAUCACCAUCAUAAC